AUGGAACUCGGUGCGCAACUGGCCUAUGAGGUUGCCUUUGUUCCACAGGGCCAGGCCUGGACAUCUGAAACAGCAGGUAGUGAUACGCCUCUACGUUUCGUCACAAACUACGGAAUUGUCGGGGUUUUUUGCGCUCCGCCAGAGGUGCGGCCAGCGCCACGGACCUUCCAGAACCAUACCAUUGUGGAUGGCAUGAAUUCUGCCGGACUUGUAUUCAAUGUCCUCGCGUAUCCCGAUUCAGGCGGACCGCAACCGGAGCGUCUUUCCAAGGCAUCGGGGCUCAAUGUGAUCGAUCUGGGCGCCUGGGCGCUCGGACAGUUUUCGACCGUCAACGAAGUUCGUGCCGCGUUGGAGGCGGUUACACUGAAGCUGGAACCACUUGACGGAAUGGGCAGCCAGCCGCCAUUUCACUAUUCGCUCUACGACCGUGAGGGCGACGCGAUUGUCAUCGAGUUCCACGAGGGAAAGCUCACAAUUUACGAUAAUCCCGUCGGUGUUAUGACAAACGGACCGCAGUUCUCCUGGCACCUGAUCAACAUCAACAACUAUGCACAUCUGGACAAUCGGGACCGGUCAGCCGGAAGACUAGGACAAUUGGAUUUACGCCAGCCGGAUGCCGGUAUUUCAAUGGCGGGUAUUCCGUCAGACACGACGUCUGUCGGCCGGUUCGUCAAGGCUGCCUAUUUUGCAACGUUUGCCGAGAAGGUUCGCGACCCUGACGUAGCCGUGCGCACACUCAGUCAUAUCAUGAACAAUUUCGAUCGGGUGCGCGGGUUGUCGGUUACGGAUCCCGAAACAGGCGACGCGUUCGGCGAAACCCUGGGGCUUGAGAACAGCGAGAUUUCGACCGAAUACACCACGUGGACCCAGCUCUCCGACACGGCACGCUGCCACUAUCAUGUCAGGGCUUAUGAGGCGCUCAAUUUUACGCGCUUUGAUCUGAAGGCAUUUGACAGCGCAAGCCGCAUACUCUCUGCGCCGCUGGCAAGUUUGCCGGACCUUGGUGGUGGUGGGAUCGGUCUGCUCCAGGGCGUUUACUAG